AUGAAUCAAUCCGUAGCCAACAAUGCAGCUAAUGGAUUGUUCAUGGACAAAACCUUUGCAAGCGUCACUCAAAUCCUCGACAAGGUGGCCGAACACAACCAAUCUUGGCAUUCGGGAAACACAGCAGGUGGAGUUUCACAUGAUACCCCUUAUUUGACCAACAUUGUCAAGGAAAAUCAAGAAAGAGAUCAAUUGAUUGUCGAGCUUGCUACCAGUAUCAAUGUUUUGACGAAAAUAUUUACGGAAAGCCAAACAAAGAAAUUGAAUGUUGUGGAAGAAGUACUGCCAAUUUCAAAUGCCAAUUAUCAACAUCAAGAAGGCCAACAACAAGACUAUCCUCCAAUGCAAUACGAAAAAGCAAACUAUGUUAACAAUUCACAAAGAGCAUAUCAAAGACAAGACUACCAAGGGUCGGGACAACAACAUCUAUGGAGACCUAACCGAAAGAGCAAGGGGAAAUAUUCUAACUCUCUACAUUGGAGGGAAAGUUCUUCAAGCGAUUCCAAAUUGGAGAACAUGAUUGAAAGAGAAUUGCAAAAUCAAGAGGGAUCUGACACAUUAAUGAAAAACACGAUCGAGCUUGUGGGUUCUUACACCGUAUAUAUUCAAAAGUUGGAGAUACAAAUGAGGGAUCUCUCAAAAGAAAAAACCCCAAAACAAAAAGGUACGUUUCCAAGUUAUACGAUUGCGAACCCAAAGGGUAGUGGGGGUGGCCCAACCUCUCAUUGUAUGUCCAUUACAACUCGAAGUGGAAAACUACUUCAAAGUGAGAGUGAACGGGUGGUCGAAGAGGAAGAUGAGGCAAAAGUUAAGGUGCCAAAUGUUGUUGAAGUUGAGAGAAUUCCAAAGAAGGUGGAGGCUCAAGAUGUGAGCCAUGAAAAGGUUGAGGAAAAAGUAAUAGAGACACCAAAACCUCUAGCACCGAUUCCUAGACCUCCCCCUCCAUUUCUUCAAAGACUAGCCAAAAGAUUUGAUGAUAGAAAAUUCGAGAAGUUCUAUGACAUCUUAAGGCAAUUAUCGGUGAACAUUCCGUUUGUAGAAGCGUUUCAAGAAAUGCCCGAUUUUGCUAAAUACUUGAAGGAUUUGAUCAUGAAAAAGAAGACCAUCAAGAAUGAAACAAAAGAGGAUCUGGGGGCUUUCACCAUUCCAUGCACUAUUGCAUUGCGUGACUUUUCACGAGCUCUUUGUGAUAAAGGGGAUAGCAUAAACUUAAUGCCUCUUGCUAUCUACAAGCAAACAGGAUUGGAAAUGACUAGGUCUGCGAGUAUGAGGUUGCAAAUGGCCGACCAUUCGGUGAAGCGACUGGUGGGGAUAGUGGAUGAUGUGCUUGUGAAAGUGGGGAAGUUUCUCCUCUCUGCCGACUUCGCUAUUCUUGAUUAUGUUGUUGACAAAGAUAUCCGUAUAAUCUUAGGGAAACCAUUUCUUGCAACCGGGAGAGCAUUCAUGGACUCGAAAUAA